CCUCCCACCUGCCCUACUGACUUCUCAUCUCUUGCCUAGGAACUCCAGGCUUUCUUGGCUCCAAAUGGAUCCCAACUGCUCCUGCACUGCAGGUGCCUCCUGCACCUGUGCUCGUUCCUGCAAGUGCAAAGAGUGCAAAUGCACCUCCUGCAAGAAGAGCUGCUGCUCCUGCUGCCCCGUGGACUGUGCCAAGUGUGCCCAGGGCUGUGUCUGCAAAGGUUCAUCAGAGAAGUGCCGCUGCUGUGCCUGAUGUUGGGAGAGCACUGCUCCCAGGCAUAAAUAGAGCAACCAGUACUAACCUGGAUUUUUUUUUUUUCAAUCUACGCUGAUCGGUUUGCUACGUUCCUUCCUUUAUUCAAUAUGUGAAUGACAAUAAAACACUUUUGACUUGAUUCCGA